AUGUCCGACGGUAGAAAAAGACUGUCUGGCAGUGAAUAUAGGAAAAGACGGGCUCUGAAGAAAGAUGGCGAUAAGAAGCAAAAGGAUGCACUACAACGAUAUUUCAAGCCAAAGAGAGAACGACCUAGCAGCGGCGAGGGUGGAAAAAUAGAUCCUGAAAGUACAGAAACUAGUGGAGCUACUGCAGCUACAUCUUUAUCUUCAGGACAUGACCAGAAAGUUGACGAGCACAGUACUGCGACCACGGCAUACAGUAGCAAUGCUGACGGUGGGCCAUCCACAACAUGUUCAACAGACCUCAUCUGGACUCAAGAUCUGCUUUGUGACGACAGCUCCGAGAUUGAAACAUCAAGCAGAACUGAAAUUAGACGAUCCGAUUCGGAAAAUACCGGAGGAACAUCAGCCGAGAAGGGAUUGAAGGCGAGCCUAAACUGA